AUGGCCGAUGGUCCUGGUGUCGCUGUGACUCUGUCAUCACCUGUACGGGAUCCGGUGGCUCCAUCUCCAAGCGACGCGGCUGCUGAAGCUUCUGGCUCAAGUCUUGUUCCUCCUCGUUCGGUUACGCCUCCGGUGGGUUCCUCCGAGACCGAUAUUGCGUUUGGAGUGUCUGGCGAAGACGUUACGAAGUUCUGGAAAACGGUUCAGCGCCAAAGUGUUUCAUUGAACUACUACACCAUACUUCCCAAUAUUCUUCAUGGAUCCAUCGGGAGUGUUGCGACUUUGGAACACUUCUUUGAAGCCUUGGUUCCGGGUACGUACUCGGUGAGCGCGGGCCAGGAUGACAUCGGUCACUGUUUCGUCGUGGUGAAGACUGAUCCCAAUGCUCGACUUGUCGUGCUUGACGGGUACUCGGCUGACCACGAUCCACCGAUGGAAGUGGUGCCUCGCUACCAGUGGAUUGAGAGUGUGAAGUGGAUUAGUCACGUUCAGCUUUAA